AUGACGGCCGUCGUGAAGAAAAUUAGAUUUAGAACCAAUUCAAAUAACUACGAUCGUUUAGAAGAUAUAAAUAACACUGAAACAAACGAUGUAUCUAAACCUUCGUUACUUCAAUUUUUAAAAGUCGAAGUAACGAGGGGUUUUUUGUUGGAACAUGACGAAGAGAGGUAUACAAAACGGAGGGAAAAAGUGUAUUCUUUUAUGAAAAUCCCCAGGGAAGUUGAAAAGUUUAUGGCUUAUGGAUUUUUUCAGUGUGCGGACUCAUUUUUAUUUGUAUAUACAUUUUUACCAUUGCGAAUUCUGUUGUCGCUUUCUGGAAUUUUAUCAAGGCCAAUUUUAAACUGCUUUGGGUGGAAGCAAACAAAACCUAAAUGUGUUUUAAAACCUGCAGAAAUAUGUGAUUUAUUAAAAGCCUGCAUACUAAUCCUUUGCAGCAUUCUAAUGCUUUAUAUAGAUACUUCAAUGAUGUACCAUCUUAUCAAGAGUCAAUCAGUUAUUAAAUUGUAUAUAUUUUUUAACAUGUUAGAAGUCAGCGAUAGAUUAUUUUCAGCUUUUGGUCAAGAUACCAUUGAUGCCUUGUUUUGGACUGCUAUUGAGCCGACAAAUGGUGGAAGGGAACAUUUUGGACUUAUCCCACAUUUACUUUUGUCUAUAUUAUAUGUCUUUUUGCACGGAUUAUUGGUAUUGUUUCAAGCGACAACAUUAAAUGUAGCCAUUAAUUCGGAUAAUAAAGCUUUAUUAACAAUCAUGUUGUCUAAUCAGUUUGUGGAACUCAAAGGAAGUGUAUUUAAAAAAUUUGACAAAAACAAUUUGUUUCAAGCAUCUUGUUCGGAUGUCCGAGAGCGUUUUCACUUAUUCGUUUUGUUGUUCAUUGUCGUACUGCAAACUCUCAAGGAGUAUUCUUGGAAAGAAGAACAAUUUUGGAUUUUAUUACCGGACUGUCUCCUUGUUUUGGUGUCGGAAAUUUUUGUUGAUUGGAUAAAACAUGCGUUCAUUAGUAGAUUUAAUGAAUUACAACCGGACAUAUAUAGAGAAUAUACGAUAAGUUUGGCUUAUGACGUUGCUAAAACAAGACAAAAAUUUGCUUUUGCCGAUCAUUCUGAUUGGGUCGCCAGAAGAAUGGGUUUCAUUCCUUUACCCCUCGGAGUAGUCAUGUUUAGAGUAUUGGUUCAAACUGUAACGAUCGAUAGCAUUCAAGGUGUCAUUUUAUUCAUAAUGGCCUUUUUAGCUCUGACAUCAUUCAGAGUUUUAAACAGUUUGGUGAUUUUGGGUAAAGCAUGCGACUUAAUAUCUCAACAUAAGUCAGAGAAAGCUUCCGGAUCGCAGAACGUAAGUCGAGCUGGCAGUCCGACUUUUAAUACUCCUCCGGCACGACAUAGAAAAGAGGGAAUGGUUUUUCGCGAUGCUCUCACGACCGUUUUUCAUCCCAUCGACGGUUCGAAUCAUCCGGGGAAACCUCUACGAUCUGUAAGUACCUCAGACUUUACUUUUUCUACCGAUUCUCCAAAGAGGAAAAAAAAUUCAAAGGAAAUGGAUCCGAAUUUGGGUCCGGCACCGCUUUUCGCCAAUAGUACCGUUGAUUUAAUUGGGGUGUGCUUAAACGAAGAAUUACUCAAAGAAAAUAACGAAAACGGGGUAAUAAAAAACGAAAUUGAAAAUUUAUCGAGGAGCACGCCCGACAUACAAAAAAAUUUAGAUGAAUCCCACGAAACGACAAGCAUAAAUCAAACCGGAAAUAUGAGUCUGACAAAAAGAGCAGAAUCGGAACCUUCUUUGCCUUUUCUCGUUGAAAACGAAGAACCCGAUUCUGAUUCUUAA